AUGGCCGUCGUCGCAGACAGCGCCGGCUCGCAAACUGCUGCAGAGUGUCACAAUAAUCGUGGGACUGCCCCGGAAUGUGCCAGAACCCAAGAAGACGAACGGCCGUCUUCAAGGCUGUCUGGCGCGGCAACAGCAUGUCCCGAUCAGGAUAUUCGACUCCUUGUACUAUUAUGUGGCCACACAGAACCCUCGGACAGCCUGAGCCACCACCCACAAGCACUGCCCGUGCGCCGUUCUUCUUCUUCUACCCCCAUCUCGCCAAUGCCCACCGUUCGCAGCAUCAUCGUCGCAGCGGCGCACGACGACAAGCACCCUACGCUGGCCAAGAUCGGCUGGAUCAUUAGCUUCUCCAUCUUCGCAGCGUUCGUCCUCCUCGUUUUCUGCUGCGCGUGUGGCUGCUGCAGCUGCCGGUGCCGCCGGAGCCGCACGCGUCGUCAAACUAUCAUAUCGCCGUCAGCGACUGUGGCAACGCAGAACGACGCGCCCCCGCCGCGCUACCUCGCACCGCCGCCCUUGAAGUAUUCCACCACCGCUGUGGCCAAGGCCGAGUCUGCCCUUCCGUUGUACCCGCCCCCGGCAUAUCCCAGGCCCGAGCACCUGCGGUAG